AUGUCUGAUUUGCAGGGUCGUAAGAUCUUCAAGGUCUUCAACCAGGACUUCAUCGUCGAUGAACGCUACAAUGUGACCAAGGAGCUGGGUCAGGGCGCCUACGGUAUUGUCUGUGCCGCCCAGAACACCCAGACCGGCGAAGGUGUCGCCGUCAAGAAGGUCACCAACGUCUUCAGCAAGAAGAUCCUGGCCAAGCGCGCUCUGAGAGAAAUUAAGCUGCUUCAGCACUUCCGAGGCCAUCGCAACAUUACUUGCCUGUAUGAUAUGGAUAUUCCUCGACCGGAUAACUUCAACGAAACGUACCUCUAUGAAGAAUUGAUGGAAUGUGAUCUGGCCGCUAUCAUUCGCUCUGGACAGCCCUUGACCGACGCCCAUUUCCAAUCAUUCAUCUACCAGAUCCUCUGCGGUCUGAAGUAUAUUCACUCCGCCAAUGUGCUGCAUCGAGACUUGAAACCCGGUAACUUGCUGGUUAACGCGGACUGCGAGCUCAAAAUCUGCGAUUUCGGCCUGGCUCGUGGUUUCUCGAUCGACCCGGAGGAGAACGCCGGUUACAUGACCGAAUACGUUGCGACCCGGUGGUAUCGUGCUCCCGAAAUUAUGCUGAGCUUCCAAAGCUACACCAAAGCCAUUGAUGUGUGGUCCGUCGGAUGUAUCCUAGCGGAACUCCUCGGAGGACGGCCCUUCUUCAAGGGCCGCGACUACGUCGACCAGCUGAACCAGAUCCUGCACUACCUCGGCACCCCCAACGAGGAGACCCUGGCGCGGAUCGGCUCCCCCCGGGCGCAGGAGUACGUGCGCAACCUGCCCUUCAUGCCCAAGAUCCCGUUCCAGCGGCUGUUCCCCAGCGCGAACCCCGACGCGCUGGACCUGCUCGACCGCAUGCUCGCGUUCGACCCGACGUCACGAAUCUCCGUCGAGGAGGCCCUGGAGCAUCCCUACUUGCACAUCUGGCACGACGCGUCGGACGAGCCGACCUGCCCGACCACCUUCGACUUCCACUUCGAGGUCGUCGAAGACGUCGCCGAGAUGCGUCGCAUGAUCUACGACGAGGUGGUGCGGUUCCGGUCCGUCGUGAGGCAGCAAUCCCAGGCGCAGGCCGCCGCUGCCCAGCAGCAGCAGAUCGCCCAGCAGACUAACGUCCCCAUCCCGGAGAACCAGCAGAGCGGCUGGAAGCAGGAGGAACCCAAGCCUCAGGAGGCGCUGGCGCCGAGCGGUGGUGGCCAUCAGAACGAUCUGGAAUCGUCGCUGGCCCGUGGAAUGGACGCACACCGAUAA